CGUCCCUCCCCUCCUCAAAUCUGCAUGAAUCGAGCUCAAGCUCUCCUCCGUCUCCGCAUCGUGAUCCCGUUACUCCUGUCAGCAAGCCCGGAUUUAGAAUCACGACGUCUCAGGUCGCAGAGCCCGAAUCUGUUUGUCAUCAGGGGAUUUCAGCUGGCUACAUCGUCCCUCCGUUUGCAGGAAACAAAAUGAGUGGUCGAGACAGAAUCGCGAUUUUCCCGUCCCGUAUGGCGCUGACGACCAUGAAAGCUCGACUGAAGGGAGCUCAGAAGGGACACUCGCUCUUGAAGAAGAAGGCGGAUGCGUUGCAGAUGAGGUUCCGUUCCAUCCUCAAGAAAAUUGUUGACACCAAGGAGUUGAUGGGUGAAGUGAUGAAAGAUGCGGCUUUCUCGCUCACCGAAGCCAAGUUCGUCACGGGAGAGUUCAAGCAGGAAGUCCUGCAGAAGGUCACAAAAGCUCAAUGCAAAGUCCGGGACCGGAAGGACAAUGUUGCUGGAGUAAACAUCCCCAUCUUCGAGCUGUAUCAGGACGGCAAGGACGCUAAUGAACACAUUGGCCUUGGUCGAGGUGGUCAGAAACUGACUUCGAUGAAACAAUAUUACUCGAAGGCCAUCGAGCUCUUGGUGAACCUUGCGUCGUUGCAGACCUCCUUCAUCGUUCUCGAUGAAGCGAUCAAAAUCACUAAUCGUCGAGUCAAUGCGAUUGAGCACGUCAUCAUUCCGAAACUCGAGCGAACGAUCGCCUACAUAAACUCGGAGCUCGACGAGAGAGAGCGAGAGGAAUUCUUCCGUCUCAAAAAAAUUCAGGAAAAGAAGAAACAGGCGAGAGAGAGGCACGAGGCUAACAUCGCAGACCUUAAGGCGAAAGGAGUCAUAUCGGACAACGUUCCUAAUAUGUUGGAGGACGAGCACGACCAGGAUCUCCUGUUCUGAGUAGUUGCUUCUAGCUACCGGUUUUAGAUUCCACCUAUUGACGCUGCAAGUCUGUACGGCGAAGUUGGUCACGAGUUCUGGCGCAGGUGCAAUGAAUGUGUCUGGAGUAUCGGAUCCGAUAGAUGUGAUCGCCGGUUUGUUUUGGUUGCUCGCCCGGGCUCCGAUUGUUCGAAAGUGGAUUCGAUGUUCCCCUCGCACAUCGCGCACGUCAGGGAUUCGGUCGACCCUAGCAAGUUGAAUUUGGGCAUGAAUGUGUUAGAGUAUUCUGCUGCGAUUCCGGACAACUCAAAAUAUAUCCUUCGGAUGCCGAGUCUGUUGAGUUGACCCCAGAUACCAUAAUGUGAUGUGACUCAUUAUAUGUUACGAUGAAUAAAAUCUCCAUUCAGCGCA